AUGGCGGCCGCGAGUGGCCUCGACGCGACGGCCAAGCCCAAGGCCCGCGGCAGCAACAUCUGGGAGGAGUACUACCCGCUGCUACAGCCCCAGGCCCAUCUCCGGAGCUCGGGUCCGCUGAGCAACUUCUUUGCGCCCGAGGUCGUCUGCGCGUACCAGGACGGCGUCCACGCGUACCUCGUCUCGCUCUUCUGUGUCUCGACGCUUUCGCUCACGGGGCUCGUGCUCUGCGACCUGUUUUCGCUGCCCGCAGCUUGCAGCACGGUAUGCCACUUGGUCUGGCUUGUCUCGCCGGCCGUGGCCGCGAUGGCGCUUCGGCGCAUCGUGUUUGCCCACCUCGGCGAGGGCGGCGCGCCCAUGUGGGAAGUGCCGCAGUGGCGCGAUCUCUUUGCAUGCUACCCGCGGUCGUCCAUGUUUAACCGCGCGUUCGUCGAGCGUGCCGAGACGGUCUUUAGCUUUGGCAACCCCGACGCCAUGGACGGCGGGCUCGUCUUUUACGUGUUUUACCUCGUGCUUGCCGGCGUCUUUUGGGACCCGAUCCCGCCACCGCGCUACGAUCUUGGCAUCGCCUUUGGCGGCCGCGCCAUGGGGUGCAGCUGGCUUCUCCUCGCCGUCGUGGAAGAAACCGGGUGGAGUGGCGCCUUGUACCCAGCGCUCGAGAUCGUUUGCGGCCACAGCGCGUUCCUUGCAUCGAUCGCGACAGGUGUGGUCUGGGCGCUGUGGCACUGGCCGCUCAUCAUCGCCGAGUACUUCAAUUGGAUUCCGACCGGGUCGGGCUACGCUAUCGUCGAGGCGCCGUCGUAUGAGCUUGUGAGCGUGCUCCUCCUCUUCACGCUCCUCCUCAUCGGCGCGCGCAUGACCAUGUGCUGGAUCCAAGGCAAAACGAGCCAUGCGAUUUGGUCGAGCGUCGUGUACCAUGCGUCGCACAACCUGUACAUUGUGAGCGUCUUUGGGCAGCUCAUGGCGCCGCUCUACGAGAAGCUCUCGGCGUUUCCGUACUUUUCGAGCCAAAGCAGCGUCUGUCUCCUCCUCACGACGUGGUUCUCCACGUGCAUUCUCUCGCAGCUCUUCCGGUCGCCGUACUUUAAGCUGUUUCGCCGCAAGCGCCAGAGCUACUACAACUAG